ACAAGUACAAGAAAAAAAACCGGGGUGGGGGUUGAAAGGGGGGCCAACCCGCCAUUUAUUAGCCUUUGCUCCUCUGUUUCCUUCCUUCUCAAUCUCUCUCCUCUCCUUCUCUUUCUCUCUCUAACUCACAUACUUUCUCUCUCUUCUCAAAUACAACUACUCGUAAUACUACUAAGAAACUUCACUAAUCUCAACACACUCUUUACAAUUCUAUUCUCUAUUUUCUUCAGUCAAAGAGGUUGCAGGUUCUGUUUUCUGGGUUUCAAAGAUCCUGCUAUUUUCUUCAAAGUUGAGUUCUUUUUCAUAAAAACAAGUGAUUUGAGUGAAAUUAUUACUGGGUUUUGAUGGGUAUUUGUCUUAGUGCUCGAAUCAAGGCCGAAAGCCCUUCUCACACAGGGAUAAACUCGAAAUAUGUUAGCUCGGAUGCAAGUAAGGUCUCAUCAGUGCCUUUGACACCAAGGAGUGAGGGUGAGAUUUUGCAAUCAUCUAAUUUAAAAAGUUUCAGCUUCUCUGAGCUUAAAGCGGCUACCAGGAACUUCAGGCCUGAUAGUGUGCUUGGUGAAGGCGGUUUCGGGUCCGUAUUCAAAGGAUGGAUCGAUGAGAACUCGUAUGCCGCCACCAAGCCUGGUACCGGCAUGGUUAUUGCUGUGAAACGGCUUAAUCAAGAGAGCUUCCAAGGUCAUAGGGAAUGGCUGGCGGAGGUGAACUACCUCGGGCAGCUCUAUCAUCCUAAUCUUGUGAAAUUGAUAGGAUAUUGUGUGGAAGAUGAACAUCGCCUUCUAGUGUAUGAGUUCAUGCCUAGGGGAAGCUUGGAGAACCAUCUGUUUAGAAGAGGUUCGUACUUUCAGCCUCUUUCUUGGAACCUUCGCAUGAAAGUUGCUCUUGGAGCUGCUAAGGGGCUAGCCUUUCUUCACAGUGCUGAAACAAAAGUUAUAUACCGCGAUUUUAAGACCUCUAAUGUCUUACUGGACUCGAACUACACUGCAAAACUUUCGGAUUUUGGGUUGGCCAAGGAUGGACCAACGGGUGAUAAAAGUCAUGUAUCAACUCGCGUAAUGGGCACCUACGGAUAUGCAGCACCAGAGUAUCUAGCCACAGGUCACUUGACCACCAAGAGCGAUGUUUAUAGCUUUGGAGUUGUACUCCUUGAGAUGCUCUCAGGCCGGAGGGCAAUGGACAAAAACCGGCCAUCAGGAGAACACAAUUUGGUCGAGUGGGCCCGUCCUUACCUUACAAACAAGAGGAAAAUCUUCCGCAUCUUAGAUAAUCGUCUAGAGGGUCAGUAUAGUUUGGAUGCUGCUUUCAGAGUGUCCAGCCUUGCAUUCAGAUGCCUAUCAACUGAGCCCAAGUUCAGACCUUUGAUGAAUGAGAUAGUGAAAGAAUUAGACCAGCUUCAAGAUCCCUCCAAGGAAGCUCGAAGCAGUUCUAGCACCGGAGGCCGGGCUAGGAGACGGAGCUCACAAGAAAGUAGCACCAAGAGAUCAAUAUCUGCCGUGUCAUAUCCUAGACCUUAGAACACCUCGUUCUAUGCCACAGUAUUUUGCUGCUAAGAUGACAAAAUCCCUUAAUAUUUUGCCCAAAUUUAGGGGAAUUGUGUUCUCAGGUCAGUUGAGAUCCAAAGUUACCCUAUAGUAUAUUUUUGGUUGUGAAUGUACAGCUCUUGUUUCGACUAAUGUAAUUCCGCAGGAUAUUUUGAUGUCAGUUAGUGACUCUUCGAGUAUAAAAUUAAGUUGCUAUCUCCUAGAUAUAUCCGACGCUCAUGUAAUGAGAUGAAUGUAUUGUUCGUUUACCUCCUCUAAUCCUAAUCCUAAACUA